GGGACGCGCUGUUUUGUCUUUUGGGGGGUUUGACUUGAAUGUUGGUUUGGCUUUUUGGUGAAGUUAGUUGGUUAAAGUCAAGGCAAUAAUUGUAAGAAUGAAGUUCUCGACAUCGUCUAAGUCGGCGGUUGUUGCGUCGGCAUUGUUGGUUGGUGCUGUUUCUGCGGCUGCGCAGGUACAAGAGGAUUCGUUGCAUAGUAAGAGGGGGUUGGGGAAGAGGUUUAUUGAUUCUGAGGGGAAUUAUAAUAUCUCUUUCUAUCACAUCAACGACGUACAUGCUCACUUGGAUGAGUUCCGCGCUUCGGGAACAGAUUGCACGAAUAAGACUUUGGGAUGUUUUGGUGGGUAUGCGAGAGUCAAGACUGUGAUUGAGGAGUCGAGAAAGGGACAUAAUGAUAGCUUGUUCUUGAAUGUUGGCGAUGAGUUCCAGGGCACACUCUUCUACUCCUACUACGGAGGCGAGAAAAUCGCCGAAACGCUCAACCAAAUGGGCUUCGACGGCAUGACCCUCGGCAACCACGAAUUCGACGGCGGACCAGACAAGCUCGGUGCAUUCCUCGAGAACCUCACUUUCCCAAUCAUCUCCGCCAAUAUCCAAUCCAACAAUAGUAUCUUGAAUGCCACUAUCAAACCUUUCCAUAUCUAUCCUCAGUAUGAGCUUGCGGUUAUUGGUGUCACGACGGAGGAUACGCCGAGUAUUUCGAGCUCGGGACCCGGGACGACUUUCUCGAAUGCGAUUGAGGCUGUGCAGAGGACGAUUGAUUUGAUUAAGAGCACGACGAAUAUUACGAGGAUUGCGGCGAUUACGCAUAUCGGAUACGAGGAGGAUCAGAAGCUUGCUGAGGCUACUACUGGUCUCCAGCUUAUUAUGGGAGGUCAUUCUCAUACGCCGCUGGGUAACUUUACUGGUGCUGCUGGAGCGUAUCCUACGAUCAAGACCAACAAGGACGGUGAUGAGGUGUUUAUUGUUACUGCAACAGGAUGGGGAGAAUACCUCGGAUACAUCGACGUAACCUACGACCCCUCUGGCAAAAUCCUCGCCUACCACGGCGCACCCAUCCACCUCACCAACGCCACCGAACAAGACCCUGAGCUCCAAGCACAAAUCCAAUCAUGGCGCGGUCCAUUCGAAGCCUUCGCCGCCGAAGAAGUUGGCGUCUCGAACGUCGAACUCGACCAAUCGACCUGCCGCCGCAGCGAAUGUCUCCUCGGCCAAUUCAUGGCAGACGCCAUGCUCUCCUACCGCCUCAACCAAUCAAACACCGCUGACUUCGCGCUCAUCAACUCUGGUGGAGUUCGCGCCACUAUCGACGCAGGACCCAUCACUCGUGGAGAAGUGCUAACUUCUUUCCCGUUCGGGAAUGCGAUUGUGGAGAUCGAGAUUGGUGGUGAUGAGUUGUGGAAGACGCUGGAGGGGGUGUACACUGGUAUUAAUCAGUAUAAUAAUAAGAGUGUGACGAGUAUCAUUCAGGUUAGUGAUGGGAUUGAGAUCACAUAUAAUUCGGAGGCGAAUAAUGGGAGUAAGUUGGUGAGUUUGAAUGUUGGGGGAGAGGCGUUGGAUAGGGAGGAGACGUAUAAUGUUGUUACGUUGGACUUUUUGGCCGGUGGCGGAGACAACAUCUUCCAGAAGAAAACCACCUUCAGCAUCCUCGACACCCAAGACGAAGUCCUCACCGGCUAUAUCGAGUCUCAAUCACCCGUCAACAUCACGCUCGCGUCACGCAUCAUGAAUGCCAACGGUACUGUCACCGCUCAACCCACUGGCACGGGAUCGCCAUCUUCGCCUACAGGAUCGGCUGCUCCCACUGAGACACCGUCGAGUGGGCGGUUGAGCAGAGAGAUGGUCUCGGGUGUGAUUGCUGUUGCGGCGCUGGUUGUUGGUGUUGUGGGCGCGGGGUUGUUUUAGAGGGUUGAUUUGGUGUUGAUACAGUAAAGAUUUUGUUAAUUUGACUUGUAUCAAUGAUUGGAAUGAUUAUGGCGAGGCUUUGAUUGAUUAGAUAUGUAGAAAGGAAAUUUAAUUCUUUGGAUACCCA